AUAUGGCAAGAGUAUCAAGUUCGCAUUGACACACAAUAUGGAGCUAAAACUGCCUGAGACACUUUUCGAUGGAGCCACUUUUCGCAUUUCCCCACGUUCGUUCGAGGGAAAUGGCAUGAUAGCAAAAUUGGAGUUUAUACCCAAGCAAGAGGUGGAGGCUCGUUUGGCCGGAAAAAUUCUCAUGAAAAAAAUACAGAAAUUUUUCAAAAGUAAAUUGAUGCUAUCAUUCCUCGCCUUGUUAUUAAUCGUCAAAAUCAUAAAAAUAAAAAUAUUCUGGCUGUUACCUUUGGUGAUCGGCGUUAGCGCUGCUAAGAAAUUGCUACUGAAAUUUUUACUAUUCCUGUUUCCGGCGCUAUCACAUCUCUUCAAGCUUUGCUCAUAUUAUCAGCAGACAUAUCAUACAACGAAAUAUCAUCACCAUCAUCAUUUAAUCAAUCAUCAUCAUACGGUUGUUCCUUCUUGGCAUAAUGCAGAAACUAGUCCUAUACCAGAAAUAAUAUACAGUCAUCCACCUAAAGGGCACAUAUCAACUUAUUUGCAUGGCGCACCCAUACAUGAAACAUAUGGAGUACCACAUUCACAUGAGCACUUUGAAAACUGGGAAAGUUCUGGUCCGGGACUAGGUUCAGACUUUUUGAAGCCCUGUUCAUAUAUGACAGCUGACUUCGAUGACUGCUAUAGGAGUAAUUUGCAAGCAAUAAUUGUAAAUUGGAAAAAUGGAGUACCAGGCUUACCUUCUGCUGGUAAAUUUGAGCCCGUCGAAAUCAAGAGACUAAAAAUCGAACAAAAUCAAUUAAAAGUUGAAAUGAAAAAUGUAUCUAUACACGGUUUAGGCGACACUAAAUUAACAAAAUUAACACACAAUAACAAUGAUCUCAGCUUUGUUGUGAAAGCUUCAGUGCCGAAAAUGCGAGGUACUGCAAAAUACAAAACUGAAGGUAGAAUUUUAUUUUUACCGCUCAACGGCAAUGGAGAUAUGUGGAUUGAAGCAGACAACGCGGAUUUUGUACUUAAUUUUAAAAUUAAAUUGCGCGAUCACGAUGGCUUCACGUUUGCUGAAAUACAAUCUAUAAAGACGAAAAUUAAGAAUAUUGGCGGUUUUCGCAUACAUUUCGAUAAUCUCUUCAAUGGCAACAAGGAAUUAGAAUCAAAUACUAAUACACUUUUUAAUGAGAAUUGGCGUGAUUUCAUAGAUAUACUGAAACCAACCCUUGAAGAUACUAUAGAUGCUGUUAUUUUAGCUCGUUUUAAGAAAAUUUUUGAUUAUGCACCCGCAAAUUAUUCCAUAAUCGAUGUACCUUCCGAAAAAGAAUUGGCUGAAAGAAAUACUGUUGCAUAG